CUCACGCUGAAAACAGGAAGUGGGCCGUGGCUCUGCAAGGUGUUCUUCUUUAAAGUCAGAAACACCUUAGAUCUACACACACAGGAUCUGCUCAGAAAACCAGGAAAGAUGUCAUUCUUCACGAAAUUCUUCAAAAACAUUGUCCAUAAAAGGAAGCAGGAUAACUCGGCUGGGGCCAAGGGCCAAUCCAAGUCCUAUUUGAACGGUACCGUGACUCCCUGUCCUUCCUUCAGUGCCAGCAGUGAUGCUGCUGCUCUGGAGAAAGCCAUCAAAGCCAAAGGAGUGGACGAGGACACGAUUAUAACACUGAUGGUUCAGAGGAGCAACGACCAGAGGCAGAAGAUUAAGGAGGUCUACAAGCAGUCAACAGGAAAGGAUCUGACUGAUGCCUUGAAGUGGGCCCUGACGGGCGAUCUGGAGGACGUGGUUCUGGCUCUGCUGAUGACCCCUGCACAGUUUGAUGCCCACAACAUCAGGAAGGCCACAAAGGGCCUGGGGACCGACGAGGACGUCCUGGUGGAGAUUCUGGCGACGCGGACCAACGGCGAGAUCAACGAGAUCAAGAGGACCUUCAAGGAAGUGUACAAGCAGGAUCUGGAGGAGGUGAUUAAGAGUGAGACGGGUGGAGACUUUGCCCAGGCUCUGCUGGCCCUGCUGAAGGCCACCAGAGACGAGAGUGUCUACGUGGACGAUGACCGGGCCAGGAGGGACGCCACGGCUCUGUUCGAAGCGGGGGAGAACGUCAAAGGAACGAACGUGUCGGUCUUCAUCGACAUCCUGACCAGCAGGAGUGGCCCUCAGCUGUCCAGAGCAUUCCAGAAGUACUCAGAUAUCAGUGACACGGAGCUGCCCAAAGCCCUGGUGAUGGAGCUGAAGGGAGACAUCGAGGACUGCCUCAUAGACAUCGUGAAGUGUGCCUGGAGCACGCCAGCUUUCUUUGCCGAAAAACUCCACCUGUCUAUGAAGGGCGCGGGGACAUGUGAGGCUUCCCUGAACAGGGUGCUGGUGAGCCGGUCGGAGGUGGACCUGAGGAAGGUGGCGGAGGAGUACCGCAGCAUGUACGGACGCAGCCUGCAGGAGGCCGUGGCGGCGGAUACUAAAGGGUAUUAUGAGAAAAUCCUGGUCGCCCUGUGUGGACCUCAGUGAAGACCCGAAACUCCACACAAAUAAAUUAAUAUUUUAAUAAACAUGAGGCGAAUGCGUAAGCUCUGCAGCCUGUGAUUACGUACUCUUGUUUUAUGCUUCUGAAGCUCUAAUAAAGAUGACAAUGUUUAACGGCAA